UGUCAACAAGCCAAGCCGCCUCCUGGAAAAAGAACUGCACACAGGCAUCUCCUCGCCGUUCUCUCUGCAGACUUCCUACACCGUCCAUACCACGGCGAAAUGAUACGAGGCAGCUGAAAAACACGAUGCGUCUAAUACUGGGUCAGAAGCAUUUUCCGCUGCUGGUUCUCGCUGCGUGCCUGUAUGCGGCCGGGGUCCGGGCGCAGGGACUGUUUCCACCGCUGUACUCCGCGGAAAACUUUGCAACCUCCAACCCCGUCACAGCAACCUCUACUUGCGGUGUGUGCGGAGAGGAAGGAGAGGAAGUAGGAUGCGGAUCGUCUUGCAACAAUACCUGUCCGUUUGGGGACACCUUACCCGAACCACUGGACCUAAUGACCGCUGGGACUCUUCAAGCAGGGGUUGUAAGUUCCCAGUGGACCACUAGAAAAAUAUUAGCUGUUGCUCUUCUGUUUUUUUAGACAAUUAUUGGCGAUAUGGGACCAGAGGGUGCAGAUCUCUACCAGCUAGAUGGAGGGCCAGAUUCCUUUGUGAAUUUUAACGGUGAGCUGACUGUGGAGCCGUCUCAAGGAUUUACCAUCACAAGCUGGAUCAGCCAGCAGCCAGGAAAUGAUGGGUAUCUUUUUGCCAAGACCACACCGACCGGUCUGACGACUUUCUUUGCCCUUCGUUUCGACUCUGGCGCUCAAACCGUCUAUUUCGAAUACAGACCGGAAGGACUGGACCAGGGUUUCCGUACGGUCGCAAUGACAGACAUCGAUGUUUCUGACGGAGGGCUCCAUCACAUUGCCGUCUCGGUUUUCGGCAGCGAUUUGACGCUAUUUGUUGACGGGCAGCCCCGGUUCAGACAGAGCCUCAUUGCUGCUCUAGAGGAUGGUCCUGGUGUCUUUUUCAUUGGGAGGAAACUUGGAGAGGUGACUAGACUGCAAGGUCAGCUCUCUUCAGUGUUUUACUAUGACAUGACUCUGUCCGAUGUGGACGUUGCAAUGCUUGCCAUGGUAGCACCAGACGUACAUGUACAGCCUCAAUGUCGCUGUCCUCCUGCCCACCCUCACGCUACCGACUUUUUCUGCGAAGAUCUUUCGGGUGGCACCCAGCUUGCAAGGAUCAACGAAAACUCACGCGACGUAACCCACAUUAACGACGGAGACUCUGAGACAUUCUGGCGAUCAAAGUCGGGGGAACUCCCUGUUAAUAUCACUGUUAGCCUAGGCGGUCUAAGAGCUGCUCUUAUAACGCUAUUCACUUUCGUUCCUUCCCCCCUGGAGCACUGGUCAUCCAUUACUCCACAGAUGGAGAGAACUUCUAUCCACGUCAGUAUUUCGCCUCUGACUGCAGUACUUUCAAUCUCACCAAACAAUGGUCUGUUGAGGACACCAACAGACGUGAACUGCGUCACGACACACUCCAUACCGAUCCGAGAUCGCUUUAUCGAGUUUCGAGUUCUCGAUGUUGGAAAUCGACCCGGUGCUAGUGACUACCUAGUCAGCCCAGCCCUUCAGAGUUUUGCGGAAACUAUGCACAUUCGUCUAGAGCUAGUCCAGUUUCUUUCCACUUAUCCCGAGGAGCAAUACUUUGCAAUCAACGAAAUAAUCGUUAAAGGACAAGGAUGCGUAUGCAACGGACAUGCUGAUUCGUGUACCGAUGGAGCGACAUGC